AUGGAAACCCCGAUUAAAAUAGUGUUGCUUGGUAUUGGGGCUGUUGGAAAAAGCUCAAUUACAGUACAAGAAGUGUCAGGACAUUUCAUGUGUAUAUAUGAUCCAACAAUUGAAGAAUCUUAUAAGACCUCUUUAACAGUUGAUGGAGAAGUUGUAUCACUGGAUCUUCAAGAUACGAGUGGACAAGAAGAGUAUUCAGCACUGCGAGAUAACUACAUAAGAGGUGGUGAUGGUUAUGUUAUUGUCUAUUCAAUUACUUCUCAAGCUUCUUUUUUAGAAGCCCAAAAUAUAAUUGAGGAUGUAUAUCGAAUUCUUGAUAUAGAGUUAUCAGAACACAUUCCAAUUCUUUUAGCUGGCAACAAAAGUGAUUUAGAAGAGGAAAGAGCUGUCAAAAAAGAAGAUGCUCAAAGUGUUGCAAAUCGGUGGAAUCUGUUGUGUUUAGACUGCUCAGCAAAAACAAAAUACAACGUUGAAAAUUUGUUUAUUGAAAUAUCAAGGGAUGUCCUUCAAAAAAGGAAAGAAAUGCAUGAAAAGCAAUUGUCACAACAAAAGAAGAAGAAUAAAUUUAAGAAAUGCACAAUAGUAUAA